UGUCCUCCGCUUCCCUCCGGUCCCCGUAGUUGGACGCACCUGUAACCGGAGGGAAGCUGUUCACAGUGGGACCAGAGGAUGUGGUUUGUGUCGGUGCUGCUGCCGCUGCUCCGGCUCUAUGUGUGCGGGAUCCGGGUCCUGUGGUACCAGCUGUUCCACCGGUCCUUCACACUGCCAGGUUCUGAGUAAGCGAAGACUUACCGAGGGAACCAUGGAGGGUAAAACUUCAGGACCGUCGUGCUCCGGCCUGAAUCUGGUCGCACACCCACGAGCGAAAAGCAAAGUCUGGAAGUAUUUUGGCUUCGACACGGACGCAGACGGGUGCAUACUGCACUGGAAGCGGAUCUACUGCCGAGUGUGCAUGAGCCAAAUUGCUUACUCUGGGAACACCUCCAACCUGUCGUACCAUCUAGAAAAGAACCACCCCGUAGAGUUCAGCGAGUUUGUCAAGAGCAACACGGACCAGAUGCGCGAGGCAUUUGCCACUGCUUACUCCAAGAUAAAGAUGGAGCCGGCGGGCGUCCACGUCCAGCCAACGCAUGACUCCACCCUGAGGCAGAGCUUCAACUACGAGAACCGACGACACAACGACCUGACUGUAGCCGUCCUCAACUUCAUCUGCGAGGGGCUGUGCCCAGUAUCUGUGGUUGAAGAGCCCACCUUCAAAGCCUUAAUGAGUACCGUGGACCCCGGGUACUCGCUGCCCAGCAGAAGUGACCUUUUGGGUAAAAUGCUGCCUCAGAUGUACUGCCGCACUCGUGACCUGGUGUUCGGUGAGCUGGCCGGAGUGGUCAACUGCGGCAUUACCACCGACCUUUGGCAAAGUCAAACACAAAACCGGACGUACAUUUCACUGUCCACGCAUUCGGUUAAUUACAACACGACGUCCGGUUUCUCCAUGACCAACAAGUGCCUUAAAACCUUUGAGGUGCAGGAAGACAACACUGCUGAGAACAUCACCAGAGCCAUGUACGAGGCCUUCGUGGAAUGGGGGAUCACUCAUAAGGUCAGCGGCGCCACCACCAAUGGUUCAGUUGACAUCGUGAAAGCGUGCUCGCUGCUGGAGCUGUCAGUUGAAAUGCCCUGCCUUGGCCACUCCGUCAACCGGGCCAUGGACGAAGCCUUCCAGCUGCCGCGGGUCGACGCUUUCUUAUCGUGCUGCCGCAAACUCGUUGACCAUUUCCGAGAACCGGCGAUGUACCUGCUGAGGGAGAAACAAAAGCAACACGGCCUCCCUCUGCACACGCUGGUUACAGAUAGAGGUCGGUCCUGGUUGGCUACGCUAGCCAUGCUACAAAGACUGAAAGAGCAGCAGGUGGCUAUAACGGCGACGCUAGUAGAGAAUUCCAGCAGCCAUCACUUCAACUUUGACAGCGCUGACUGGGCUUUGAUGGAGGGCUUGAUCGAAGUUCUUCAGCCUUUUAAAGUUGUGGCAAACAUGUUCACUUCCUGCAGGUACCCGACUAUUAGCAUGGUAAGACCUGUGCUCCACAUGCUCCUAAACACCACCCUGAAGGCCAAUGAGGGGGACCUGAAGGAGAUAAGCAUGACAAAAGAGGUCAUCUCCAAGGUCCUGUCCAGCACCUAUUCACAGAAUUCACAGUCUUCUCAAGAGAUUGCGAUGUUUCUCAACACUGCGACUUUUCUGGACCCACGGUACAAGAAACUACCAUUCCUGUCGGCUCAGGAAUGCUCCAAAGUUGAGAGUAACAUCAUUGAGGAGGCAAAGGCCAUUCUGGAGAAGCAGGUCGUAGAGCGACCGUGCCUUGACGACUUCUCCUUGGUCUCUGAUGAACCACCAAAUAAAAAGCUAGUGCCUCCAAGGGAGUCGUCAACCAGUAGUGCAACACAAGACAAUCCCUUGGCGGCCAUUUUUUGCCAGUCUGACUCGGACCAGAGCCAAGAGGAGCUACAUGCUCAAGUUGUAGAAGAACUGAGCAACUACAAAUCCCAACGAGUCCUGGGUCUGAAUGAAGACCCUUUACUUUGGUGGUCCAGUCACGCAGCUUUGUUCCCCACCCUGCCCAAGGUCCUGCAGAAGUACUGGUGCGUUCCCGCCACCAGCGUCCCCUGCCACAGACUGUUCAGCUCAUCUGGGACCGUCCUCUGUGGGAAGAGGAACCGCAUCAGCCCGGUCCUGGUAGACCAGCAGGUGUUUCUGUACGAGAACCUGCGGAGCUACUACGAACCCGAACACUGUGAGGAGGAUUUGGAGGGGACCUGUGGUGGGGGACAGUCCCUUGACUGAAGGCUGGAGAACAGGUCCAGGGUGUCAGAUGAAGGCCUGGGGGUCCUCAAGGUCUUCAGGGGUACAAAGGUGUUGAACCCCUGGUGGCUGAAGGUUCAGAAGUACCUGAACCAUCAGUGGACAAAAAAAUCCAAAAACUAGAACACAAAGCAAACUGUCAAAACUGUAACCCUAACCAUCUGUGGAGACGAAUUCAGUCACUGUUGAAGCUCGUCUCAUUCAUUUUACAUCCAUUUGGCUUUGGUUGCCCCCCCCCCCUUAUUUUUGGUUAAUGCCCAUUGAAUAUAAACUCUGGCCACUGAAAACAAUUUUGUUCUUUAAGUUUUUGUCAUUUCUGGGAAUCACAAAAUCUAAAGAUUCAAUUUAGUGAAACCUUUGGGUGUAAAAUCAAUAAAUGAUGGCGCUAUAGGGUUAGGGUUAAACUUAGCCUAACCCUAGCCCUAACCCUGGACGGGUUAAAAUAA